AUGUUCUACUCUACCCAGAUCCUCGCCAAGAAGGGCCCCCUCGGCCUGGUAUGGAUCGCGGCUCACCUCGACGGCCGCCUGAAGCGGCAGCAGAUCAACGGCGCGAGCAUCGGCGAGAGCGUCGACACGCUGCUGCACCCCGAGGCGCCGCUCGCGCUGCGGCUCAGCGGGCAGCUGCUGCUGGGAGUCGUCAGGAUAUACCAGCGCAAGGUGAUCUACCUGCACAAAGACUGCGAAGAGGCCGUGGUCAAGUUCAAGACCGCGCUGCGCUCCCAGAAUGCCGGCCAGGGCGCGGGCGUCGACCUGCCAGCGGGCGCAGACACCGCGGCUGAGGAUGAGAUCACGCUUACUCUCCCCGGCGUCGACGGCGGCGACGCGGCUGAUUACCUAUGGGGCGGCGAGCAGCUGCUGCUCCUUGGCGGCGGCCGCGGCGGCGGCCUGGGUGGCCUCGGCGGGAGCGGGCCCCUGACUCUGGUGCCGAGCGGCAGCGGCGGGCGCCUGUCGCAGGACCUGUCGGAUGUGUGGGGCCUCCACACCUCCACAGAGGGCGAGACGUUUGAUCUGGACGGCAUCAACCCGGAUGACCCCAUCCCGUGGGAUCUGGACGAUCUUGAAGUGGAGCGCCUCCGCGCCGCCAGCCAGGGCGGCGGCGCGACGCCGGGGCGCAGCGGCGGGGCGGGCGGCGCGCUUGAGGGGCUGACGCCGGCGAGCGACGCGCGGACGCGGCGCGGCGGCAAGGGCUCGCGCCCCACGACACCCUUGGUCUCAGAGGACCGGGACCUGCUGCCAGAGGCCCGCGCCGCCGCCGCCGCGAGGCCCGACGCGCCCGCGCCCUUCGACGACCUCGGUGCCGACGGCGCGUUUGACCAGCCGUUUGACCAGCCAGAGGGGCUGUACGGGGACGAGCUGCUCCCGCCGCCGCUGGACGACGCUGAUGUGGCGGCUGCGGCGGAGGUGGCCGCGGAGGCGCGGCGCGCGUCGGCGCUGUUUGGGGGCGCGGGCGCGGACGGCGAGGCGGCGGCAGACGC